ACCAUCAUUAAAUUUACGGUUUCAAGAUAAACCCUAGACCUAUUAUAAAUAGAGGCAAGUUUGCCUCUAACUUUUUCCAAAGAACUCCAAAAUUCCUUGGUAAUUUUCACAAUAAUGGAGAACGAAAAUAUGACCCCCAUCGAUCCUGGCAUCCCACUAUUCUUGUUCGGCGACGGCUUCGAGCCGGCCGGCGUUCUCUUUCCUCACGCCGUGUUCCACUUUCCUUCGAGGGAGAAGAAAGAGGCUUACGACUUCAUGGACAAGGUCGUCGACAAACAUCGCCGUUUAUGCGACGAGAGGAAACGGCUAGGACUCAAGAGGCAAACACUCGAGGCUCGUAUUGCUCGGGUGGAAAGGAAAGUGAGAGCCUUGGAAAGUGAUCCCUUUCAAUGGGAGUGGAGGAACUUUGAUUCUAUCGCAGAGAUCCCGAGAAUGCCCCGGAUGUAUCUCCGCGCUAAAGGUCAGGUUCAGGGACCAGUGAAUGCCCCGACCGAAGUUGCUCCUCUUGUCAGCGAAGAGGAAGACGAGGAAGAUGACGACAAACCUUGCAAACGUGUUCGGAAUGAACUCGGAGUGGAAGGCAGGGACGAUGCUUUCACUUCGAAUUCUAAAUCGGCGAUGAAGGAGCCUGUUCCUGAGCCUCUUCCAUAA